AUGCUUGCGAAUGGCGGGCCGCUGCAGCCCCCGGAGCGGGCCGGCGGCGACGGCGGCAGCGGCGGGCACCAGCGGCGCAACUCAUUCGCACCCGCGCUGCCCUGCGUGCUGGAGCGGGAUUCGGGGGAAACUGGCGCGGCGGGCGCGGAUGAUGGCAGGCCCGCCGCGCCGCCCGGCGACGACAGCGACGAGUUCACGCCCGCCCCCGCCAAGCGCGCCGGCGCCCGCCGCGGCGCACCCGCCCCCGGCGGCCGCGCGCGGGACGCGCUGCUCGCGCUCGACCCCAAGCGCGUCAAGCGCAUCAUCGCCAACCGCCUCAGCGCCGCGCGCUCCAAGGAGCGGCGCGUCAAGUACACCGCAGAGCUGGAGGACCAAGUCCGCGCCCUGGAGGACUCACUGGAGCGCCUCACCCGCGACGCCGAGGCGGCGCGCGCGCGCGCGGCCGCCGCGGCCCGCGCGCAGGCCGACGCAGACGGGCGCGCGCUCGGGCUGCAGCAGGUGGUGGCGCACGUGAGCGCGGCCAACCAGGCGCUGGCGGCGGAGCUGCUGGAGCUGCAGCGCACGCUGGGCCUGCCGGAGCAGCUGCCGGCGGCGGCGACGGCGGCGGCGGCGGCGGCGGCGGGGGUCGCAGCGCCGGGCGCGGCCACAUCUGCGGCGGCAGGAGUGCUGGCCGCGGGCCAGCUCCAGUCGGCGGCCAUAAAACAUGAGCAGCAACAGCAGCAGCAGCAGCAGCAGCAGCAGCAGCAGCAGCAGCAGCAGGUGGAUGUCGACAUGCUGGGGCCCCACCAAGCGCCGCAGCUGCUGAUGCAGGCCCAACCGCAACCGAUGUGGGGCGUGUCAGCGCCGUCGGCGGCGGCCGAGCAGUAUGCACACCUGCUGAAGCAGCACGCCCCAGCACCUUUGGGGACGGCCUGCCAGGCGCCGCAGCCGCCAGUCGCGCUUCCAGAACCGCUGGCCGACCGCGGCGGCGGCGGCGGCGGUGGCGGUGGCGGUGUCUUUGCUGGCGUCGGAGCCUCGGUGGACGACAGUGCGGCGACGACGCCCUCGGGGUCAUGCAGGUCUGCGCGCGUAUCAGACAGCUCCCCGCUGCCCACACGCCUGCAGCCGCUGCUCAUGCAGCAACAGCAGCAGCAUCACCACCACCAGCAGCAGCAGCAGCAGCAGCAGCAUGCGCAUCACCAGCGCACCCCCAGCCACCCGCUGCUCCUGUCGCAGCCGCUCGCGCUCAACCUGGCACUGGGGGGCCCCUUCGGCAGGGCGCGCGGCGACGACGCCGGCGCCGGCGCCGGCUCGUACUACCACCAGCGCUCCGCCAGUGCAGGCGGCGCGUUCCAGCACGAGGCGGACGGGCCCCUGCUGUUCGGCGACCCCCUAGCGGCGCAGGCGCCCUUGGCCGCGUACAGCCUGCAGCACCCGGCCGCGGGGGCCGCGGGCGUGUACGCGCCCGCGCCGCUGGCGCCGGCGGCGAGCGCGCCCAUGGGGGGCCCACGGCUGGUUGGCACGUACAUGGUCACCACCCUGGGGCCGCCCGGCAUGAUGGCGCUGGGCGACAUCGGCGGCGGCGGGGCCGCGCCGGGCGCUGGCCACCCCCAAGUGGCGAUGCCACCGCCCCUGGCCCCCUUCCCUGGUACUGGCUAG